AUGGGAGAAUUGGUUGAUAAGGAUAGAUACCAGCGAUUGGUGGGAAAGCUAAGUUACCUAUCAUAUACUAGACUCGACAUUGCAGUCGCAGUUAGUGUGGUAAGCCAGCACAUGCAUUCUCCAAGGGAAACUUACCUUGAAGUAGUAUACAAGAUUCUGAGAUAUCUCAAAGGUUCUUCAGGAAAAGGUUUGUUGUGGGAGAUAUUCACCGAUGCUGAUUGGGCAGGAGCAUUAGAAGAUAGAAGAUCAACCACUGGUUACUGUACUUUUGUAUGGGAAAACUUAGUAACUUGGAGAAGUAAGAAACAGAAUGUAGUCAUCAGAAGUAGAGCAGAAGCAGAAUUUAGAGUGGCUGCUUAA